AUGCCCUGUAAAGUGAAGCAGCUAAGCCUAACAUCAUGCAGACUCAUAGAAGGUUACAUCAUAAGCAAAAGUCAGUUCAACAGGGUCUGGAUUCCCGAUCCUGAAGAGGUUUGGAAGUCUGCUGAAAUAGCAAGGGACUACAGAGUCGGUGACAAAGCCCUGCGCCUCCUGCUGGAAGAUGGCACGGAGCUGGAUUAUCCCAUUGAUCCAAAAUCUCUGCCCCCACUUCGGAACCCUGAGAUCCUCGUGGGCGAGAAUGACCUCACGGCCCUCAGCUACCUCCAUGAGCCCGCGGUACUCCACAAUCUCAGGAUCCGCUUCGCGGAGUCCAAACUCAUUUACACCUACAGUGGAAUCAUUUUGGUGGCCAUGAAUCCUUACAAGCAGCUGCCGAUCUACGGAGACGCCAUCAUUCAUGCCUACAGCGGGCAGAACAUGGGCGACAUGGACCCGCACAUAUUUGCCGUGGCGGAAGAGGCCUACAAGCAGAUGGCCAGAAACAAUAGAAACCAGUCAAUAAUUGUAAGUGGGGAGUCAGGGGCCGGCAAGACCGUGUCUGCCCGCUACGCCAUGAGGUACUUCGCCACCGUCAGCAAGUCGGGCAGCAACGCUCACGUGGAGGACAAGGUCCUGGCGUCCAAUCCCAUCACGGAGGCCGUCGGCAAUGCCAAGACCACCCGCAACGACAACAGCAGUCGGUUUGGGAAGUACACAGAAAUCAGUUUUGACGAGAGACAUCAAAUCAUAGGCGCCAACAUGAGAACUUACCUCCUGGAGAAAUCCAGAGUUGUCUUUCAAUCGGAAAAUGAACGAAAUUACCACAUUUUCUAUCAGCUCUGUGCCUCUGCGCAGCAGUCGGAAUUUAAGCAUCUCAAAUUGGGGAGUGCGGAAGAAUUUAAUUACACGAGAAUGGGAGGCAGUACGGUUAUCGAGGGUGUGAAUGACAGAGCCGACAUGAUAGAGACUCAGAAGACCUUCAAGUUACUGGGUUUCAAGGAGGAUUUUCAGAUGGAUGUUUUUAAGAUCCUGGCCGCCAUCCUCCAUCUGGGCAACGUGCAGAUCACCGCAGUGGGCAACGAGAGGGCUUCGAUCAGGGAGGAUGACGGUCACCUGGCGGUGUUCUGCGAGCUCCUGGGCCUGGAGAGUGGCAAAGUCGCUCAGUGGCUGUGCCAUCGCCAGAUUGUCACCACCUCUGAGACAGUGGUGAAGCCCAUGACCAGGCCCCAGGCUGUCAACGCCAGGGACGCACUGGCCAAAAAGAUCUAUGCUCAGCUGUUCGACUUCAUCGUGGAGAGAAUCAACCAAGCGUUGCAGUUCUCAGGCAAGCAGCACACUUUUAUUGGUGUUUUGGACAUUUAUGGUUUUGAAACCUUUGAUGUGAACAGCUUUGAACAAUUUUGUAUCAAUUACGCUAAUGAAAAACUGCAGCAACAGUUUAACAUGCAUGUCUUUAAACUUGAACAAGAAGAAUACAUGAAGGAAGAUAUCCCUUGGACUCUGAUAGAUUUUUACGAUAAUCAACCAGUUAUUGACCUGAUUGAAGCAAAGAUGGGCAUCUUGGAGUUACUGGAUGAAGAAUGUUUGUUACCACACGGAACUGAUGAAAACUGGCUUCAAAAGCUGUAUAAUAACUUUGUCAACAAGAACGCCUUGUUUGAGAAGCCUAGAAUGUCCAACACAUCCUUCAUCAUCCAGCACUUUGCUGAUAAGGUGGAGUAUAAGUGUGAGGGUUUCCUUGAGAAGAACAGAGACACCGUCUAUGACAUGCUGGUUGAAAUCCUAAGAGCAAGCAAGUUUCAUCUCUGCGCCAGCUUUUUUCAAGAAAAUCCAGUUCCUUCUUCCCCUUUCAGUUCAUUGAUCACAGUUAAAUCUGCAAAGCCGAUCAUCAAGCCAAAUAACAAGCACUUCCGGACCACAGUUGGGAGCAAGUUCCGCAGCUCUCUGUACCUGCUCAUGGAGACACUCAACGCGACGACGCCUCACUACGUCCGAUGCAUCAAGCCGAACGAUGAGAAGUUGCCCUUCGAGUUUGACUCCAAAAGAGUUGUUCAGCAGCUGCGAGCCUGCGGGGUUUUAGAAACGAUUCGCAUCAGUGCACAGAGUUACCCUUCCAGGUGGACAUACAUCGAGUUCUACAGUCGCUACGGCAUUCUCAUGACCAAGCCAGAGCUUUCCUUCAGUGACAAAAAAGAGGUGUGCAAGGUGGUUCUACACAGGCUCAUCCAGGAUUCUAAUCAAUACCAGUUUGGUAAAACCAAAAUUUUCUUCAGAGCAGGACAAGUGGCUUAUUUAGAGAAACUCCGGCUGGAUAAGCUGAGGCAGGGUUGUGUUGUGAUACAAAAGCAUAUCCGUGGCUGGCUCCAGAGGAAGAAAUUUCUCCGAGAGAGACAAGCCGCCCUGGUCAUCCAGCGGUACUUCCGGGGCCAGCAAACUGUAAGGAAAGCCAUCACGGCCACGGCCUUAAAGGAAGCGUGGGCAGCCAUUGUCCUUCAGAAGCACUGCCGUGGGUAUCUGGUUCGCAGCCUGUACCGGCUGAUCCGCAUGGCCACUAUCAUCAUCCAGGCCUACACCCGGGGGUUCCUGGCAAGGAGGAGGUAUCGAAAGAUGCUAGAGGAACACAAGGCUGUGAUCCUUCAGAAAUACGCACGGGCGUGGUUGGCCAGACGCAGAUUCCAGAAUAUCCGGCGAUUCGUGCUCAACAUUCAACUUACUUACAGGGUCCAGCGCUUGCAGAAGAAGUUGGAAGAUCAGAACAAAGAGAACCAUGGACUGGUGGAGAAACUGACCAGCCUGGCCGCUCUCCGAGCCGGUGAUGUGGAAAAGAUUCAGAAGCUGGAAACAGAGCUGGAAAGAGCAGCCGGCCACCGGCAGCAUUACGAGGAGAAGGGGAAGAGAUACAAGGAGGCCGUGGAAGAGAAAUUGGCAAAGCUUCAGAAGCAUAAUUCAGAACUGGAAAUACAGAAAGAGCAGAUUCAGUUGAGGCUUCAAGAGAAGACUGAAGAGUUAAAAGAAAAAAUGGACGACCUCACCAAGCAACUCUUUGACGAUGUGCAGAAAGAACAACGACAAAGAACGCUUCUUGAAAAAAGUUUCGAACUGAAAACACAGGACUACGAGAAGCAGAUUCAGUCUUUAAAAGAAGAAAUUCAAGCUCUCAAGGAGGAGAAGGUGCAACUCCAGUAUGAGAUGGAAGAGGAGCGGGUCACCGCCGCAGGCCUGAAGGGGGAGGUGGCCCGACUGCGCCAGCAGGCCAAGACAAUCUCGGAGUUUGAAAAGGAGAUAGAAGUACUUCAGACGCAGAAGAUAGACGUGGAGAAACACGUCCAAUCACAAAAACGGGAAAUGAGAGAAAAGAUGUCGGAGAUCACCAGACAGCUUCUCGAAAGCUACGACAUUGAAGACGUAAGAAGCAGGCUCUCUGUGGAAGAUUUGGAACAUUUAAAUGAGGAUGGAGAACUUUGGUUCGCUUAUGAAGGACUAAAGAAAGCAACACGUGUUCUGGAGAGCCAUUUCCAGUCCCAGAAGGAUGGCUACGAAAAGGAGAUCGAAGCUUUGAACUUCAAAGUGGUACAUUUAAGUCAGGAAAUCAACCACCUGCAGAAGUUGUUCCGAGAAGAGAAUGACAUCAAUGAGAGUAUCCGUCACGAAGUUACCAGGCUGACGUCUGAAAACAUGAUGAUCCCAGACUUUAAACAGCAAAUUUCUGAACUUGAGAAACAGAAGCAAGAUCUUGAAAUCCGCCUGAAUGAACAAACCGAGAAAAUGAAAGGAAAGCUGGAAGAGUUGUCUCUCCAGUUAAGUCGCAAUCAGGAAGAGGAAGGAACACAAAGAAAAGCCAUAGAAGCGCAAAAUGAAAUACAUGCCAAAGAGAAAGAGAAGCUGAUGGAUAAGAUUCAAGAAAUGCAGGAGGCCAGCGAGCACCUGCAGAAACAAUUUGAAACUGAAAGUGAAGUCAAGAGUAAUUUCCGGCAGCAAGCAUCUCGUCUCACUCUGGAAAACAGGGAUCUUGAGGAAGAGUUAGACAUGAAAGACAGAAUGAUUAAAAAGUUACAAGAUCAAGUCAAAACUCUGACCAAGACUAUUGAAAAAGCCAACGAUGUGCACUCCCCCUCAGGACCCAAGGAGUACCUUGGAAUGCUGGAGUACAAGAGAGAAGACGAGGCCAAGCUCGUUCAAAACCUCAUUCUCGAUCUGAAGCCCCGUGGCGUGGUGGUGAACAUGAUCCCCGGGCUGCCGGCUCACAUCCUGUUCAUGUGUGUGCGCUAUGCAGACUCCCUGAAUGACGCCGGUAUGCUGAAGUCCCUCAUGAACAGCGCCAUUAAUGGCAUCAAGCAGGUGGUUAAGGAACAUUUAGAAGACUUCGAGAUGCUGUCCUUUUGGCUUUCCAAUACUUGUCACUUCCUCAACUGCCUGAAGCAGUACAGUGGAGAAGAGGAAUUCAUGAAGCAUAACAGUCCACAUCAGAAUAAGAACUGCUUAAAUAAUUUCGACCUUUCAGAAUACAGACAGAUUCUCAGUGAUGUGGCUAUACGGAUAUACCACCAGUUCAUUAUCGUAACGGAAAAUAGCAUCCAGCCCAUCAUAGUGCCAGGCAUGCUGGAGUAUGAGAGUCUGCAGGGCAUUUCCGGCCUGAAGCCCACAGGCUUCCGGAAGCGGUCCUCCAGCAUAGACGACACGGACGCCUACACGAUGACCUCUGUGCUGCAGCAGCUGAGCUACUUCUACAGCACCAUGUGCCAGAAUGGCCUAGACCCCGAGAUCGUGCGGCAGGCGGUGAAGCAGCUCUUCUUCUUGAUCGGGGCGGUCACCCUGAACAGCCUCUUCCUGCGCAAGGACAUGUGCUCCUGCAGAAAGGGGAUGCAGAUCAGGUGCAACAUCAGCUACUUGGAAGAAUGGCUUAAAGAUAAGAAUUUGCAGAACAGCUUAGCCAAGGAAACGUUGGAGCCUCUCUCUCAGGCGGCCUGGUUACUUCAGGUCAAGAAGACCACAGACAGCGACGCCAAGGAGAUCUCCGAGCGCUGCACCUCCCUGUCCGCUGUGCAGAUCAUAAAGAUCCUUAAUUCAUACACACCCAUUGACGACUUCGAGAAAAGGGUGACUCCGUCUUUUGUUCGCAAAGUGCAGGCUCUCCUAAGCAGCCGGGAGGACUCGUCUCAGCUGCUGUUGGAUACCAAAUAUCUCUUUCAAGUCACAUUUCCGUUCACGCCCUCUCCACACGCUCUGGAAAUGAUCCAGAUCCCCAGCAGUUUCAAGCUAGGCUUUCUCAAUAGGUUAUAGCUGGAGAAGUCAGUCCCUGUCCUCAGAAGCUAAGCAAAGGUCAGACGUGAAGGAUGCAGUUUACGAAUUGGAACUGGAAGUACUCUGGAACGUGACUUGAGGGGGAAAACAUACAACCCUCCCAAAUGGGCCACAUGGCUGUCACGGAAAGCGCCCAGCUGCUGUAACUUUGUAAGAAUGAGCACACCAGCUGUGGUGACAAGGCCAUGGCUAGCUUUUUGAUCAGAAUUCCUGCAAGGCCCACACUUUCUUUCCAGUGUCUCUCGUUCUAUUCUUCUUGUGACAGGACUCCCCUGGGAGGAAGGGAGAUCUGGGGACACAGUAGCUCCAAGUUUGCGAAGGUUCCUGUGAAGUCCGGAUACAUUUAUGAAGCCCCAAGUGAGUUCCGGAGCUAAGUCUUCUGGGAACCAGCACCCCAUGACCACCAGGGCUAACCAGAUGUGUCCUCUUGCCCCAUGACUGCUGGUGGGCCGGGGGUGUGGCCCCCUGACUUUUUUUUCACUAAAAAUAUUCAUGCAUUAAAAAUAUUUAUUUCAGACCCCUUUAAUUUUUAAGGAACUAUCCAAUCUGAAAUGAACUACGUGAAGUAUUUCUAUGUACAUAGCUAUUUAAAAUCACUAUAUUACUAUAUUGUUAAUACGUCAUUGUCAUGCCAGGUGUCAUCUGCUCCCCUGAUGGAACAUUUUUUUUACAUUUUAUCCACUACUAUGUUUGCCAAAAUUUUUCUUUGUUUAGUCAUCUUUCAUACAAUAACACUUAUUUUAAAAGCAAGGUUUAAAAAGCAGCCGACGCAAUUUUUUUCUAAUCAGCAUUCCAAUAUAUAUAUUUUUUCAUUUUCUCAUAAAAGUAACGGAACAAUUAUGUCAGUUCCUCCUUCUGAGAAAUCUGCGGUUCCCAUGCUUUAGGGGAAGCGCCUAUGUCCUGGCCCCAGACUUUCUCACUCUUCCUUUCAGAGCGUCAGUCAUUUGCUGAGGCUCAGGGCCGCGGGCCUGUGAGUCCACCACUUCUCUGCACCGCCCCACGAAUCCCCACCCUUGGGUUUCUGAAAGUCACAGGCAACAGCUGGGAUCCUGUCCUGUCCUGCAGACGUAGAUCUCAGGACCGGAGAUAAAUGAUUACAAAGCAACAUCCCCCUACCACUAGGCAAUUAUGUCUCUUCAUAGUACUAGUGAUUUAGUUUAGUUCAUUUCAAAUACACUUAUUUUUUAAAAUGAAAAGUAGAAUUUUGUAAUACUUGCAUCAAUAAAAUAAAUUACCAAA